UUCAUUAUUAACUGAGAACCGAACCGGGGAAAUAACCCAACCUUACUAUAAGUUCCCAAAUCUAAAAUCAAACCAAAAUCGAACCCUAAUUCUUCAAAUCAAACCAUCCCGAUCUUAGUUUCCGAUCUCAGUUUGUGAAGGUAAAUAGCAUUCGAGUCUGGGAUUUGUUAGGUUUGCAGUUUUGAUUCUUGGUUUAUGAAGUUGCUACCGGUGAACGAAACAUUUAUCUUUCGAUACAGAUAACAACUUUCAAGAUUCAUACUUGGAGAGAGGAAAAAGGCAAUAACGGUAUUUAGAAACAUGGGGCCAUUGAGGACUGCUAUUAAAGAAGCAUGUGAGAAAACAGUCUCAGUUGUAAAGUUCUUAUGCGUUUUACAUGUUACGAAAAACUACCUGGUUAACCCUGUUAUGACUUAUGGUCCUAGCAUGCUUCCUACAAUCGAUUUGACACCAAACAUCUUUCUUGCUGAAAAGAUCUCAACUCGAUAUGGUAAAGUUGCUCAUGGAGAUAUUGUAGUUCAUCGCUCACCUCAUAACCCUAGCAAGAUCUUCACGAAGCGCUUGAUUGGAUUAGAGGGUGAUAGCAUUACAUAUGUUUCUGAUCCCGAUAACGGUGAUGAUAAGCUUGAAACAGUUGUGGUUCCAAAGGGUCACGUUUGGGUACAGGGCGAUAACAAAUAUAAUAGCAACGAUUCUAGAAAUUUUGGUCCAAUUCCUUAUGGCCUUAUUGAGAGCAAGAUAUUCUGGAGGGUAUGGCCACUUAAAGGUUUUGGAUCGUUCGAGAAAAAAUGAUCUGAAGCUUUCAAUCAUGUAAAUUACAAAUUACAAUCUUGAGAAACAUCACUGUUUGUUUCGUUUCGAAAGGGAAAACAUUGCCUUUGCGGACCAUGUCCAACCAUUUUCUUUGCGAUCUGGAGCUCACUCACUAAAACUAUGCAUUUUAAUCGCCUUAUGUUAAAAUUGCUACAUUUUUUCUGUUUAUUAUAUGAACAGCUUACCUUACUAAUUAAGUAUUCAUUUGUAGCUCUCAAAAAUUGAACAUUAGACAUGAUAGUGGAUGAUCACUAUGUGCGACUUGUUUAGAUCAUAGACUAAAAUAAAUAAAAAAAUCAUUCUAUUGUGUGUAAAA